ACUGUACUGACAUUGUGAGGGUCUGUGAUUAUCUGUACUACAGCACAAAGAUCUGGAAGAUGUUCUUCAUAUUUACAGAGGCUAUAGAGUCUGAACAAAAUUUAAUCGUAUUAACGACAAGAAAUGUUAAAGAAAACUCGGAUACAGCAAUACAACAAAUAAAUUUUGUGAAUUCUUUUCAAAACACUUGUUUUUUUUUUCAGACACCAUUUGAUAAUGGCUCAUUAUUGCUUACCUCUCACCGUUUGAUAUGGAAAGAUGCAAAGGACCAGACAUGUGUCCUGUCCUUGCCCUUAUCCUUAAUUGUGUUUGUAGAGGAACAAGCAGGAGGUUUUAGUAAAAGCCCUAAAAUCCUGGCUCACCUCAGUGCCCCAAUGCCAGGCAAACAGCCUGGACCAGCCACCACCAGCAGGAACCAUUACAUCAGGUUUUCCUUCACACAGGGAGGGAUGACAGAGUUUUACAGGUGCUUAGCAGAUGAGUUGGCCCACAGGAGGUGGGAACAUAUUCCCCUGACGUCACAUCAACCAGCUUCACAGAAAAGGCAUGUAAGAGCAGCAGGGAUUGUGGGGAUAGAGAGAAAUAUCCAACAAAAGCACAAGGAAACUGAUCAGAAUAUAUCUGUAGCAUUUGAAGAUUUGAAUAAACUAAUUGCAAAGGCAAAAGAUAUGGUGACACUUGCCAAGGGGAUUUCAAGCAAAAUCAAAGAAAAACAGGGAGACAUAACAGAGGAUGAGACAAUCCGCCUCCAGUCUUACUUGCUAAGUUUGGGAGUAGAUGAUCCUGUCACUAGAGAGACCCAUGGAUCUGGGCAAAGUUACUACAGGGAACUGGCAAAACAGAUAGGCUCCAUGUUGGAGCAGCCACUGAGGGAGAGUGGUGGCAUCAUGACACUGACUGAUGUCUACUGUAGGGUAAACAGGGCAAGAGGAAUGGAGCUCCUUUCCCCAGAAGAUCUCAUAAGUGCUUGUAAACUGCUGGAGGUGUUAAAACUACCUGUCAGGCUCAAGUCAUUUGACAGUGGAGUACAAGUGUUACAGUUGCAAUCACAUAGUGAAGAGGAGUCUAUAGAGAAAACCGCAAAACUGGUAGAGGAGAAUGGUUCACUGACUGCUGAGGAGCUAUCAACUAUGGCUGGGUUGUCAGUUAUUUUAGCCAAAGAAAGGUGAGUAUUGA